AUGAGUUCCAGGAUACAGUCUCAAAAGCAAACCUCACCGUCUGUGUAUGGCUGUAACGAAAACCCGGUAUCGGCACAUCAACCCGCCCUGCCCAAUGGCGAUAACGACCGUUUAUUUAUCGCUUUUUUCCUGCGUGCCAGGGGUCAAAACGACGCGCGCAUGAUCGGUUUCUCUUUUGAGAAUAAAAAUACUACUGCCUCUGACGAACAUGACCAUCUUUGGUCACAGGUUCGGGACACGAAAUGGUAA